UGCCCCUCUCCCGCAGCCGUUUAGUUUCCUCCGUAACCCGGUAGAUUUUCCCACGUGACCGCUGCGACUUCCUUUCUUGUGGCAGCCAUCGACAGCAAUGGCAAAGAUCAAGGCCAGAGACCUGCGCGGAAAGAAAAAGGAGGAGCUGCUGAAACAGCUGGAUGAUCUGAAGGUGGAGCUUUCCCAGCUCCGCGUUGCCAAGGUUACCGGUGGAGCUGCAUCCAAACUCUCCAAGAUCCGCGUUGUCCGCAAGUCCAUCGCCAGAGUCCUCACAGUUAUCAACCAGACACAGAAGGAGAAUCUGAGGAAGUUUUACAAGGGUAAGAAGUACAAGCCUUUGGACCUGAGGCCCAAGAAGACUCGUGCCAUCCGUCGUCAGCUGACAAAACACGAGCAGAACCUGAUGACCAAGAAGAUGCAGAGGAAGUCCCGCCUCUACUCCAUCCGCAAAUUCGCCGUCAAGGCUUGAGAGGCUGUACUGUUGUUUAUCACUGAAAAAAUAAACACCCCACCCUGGAAUUCAGA